AUGUCAAGAGAUGUGAGCUUAUCGCCGAAAUCGGCUGAAAUCCGAUUUGGCUAUGGCGGAACAUCGAAUGAGCCUAUAAACGUGGAAGUCGUUGAUGAAGAGCAGGUGUGGUGAGCUUCAUUGGACACAUUUAAAACGCGAAAAUUAUCAGGGAAAUGCAUUGAGUCAGCUCGGAUUCUCUGUCACAAUGUCGACGUCCUUCGUUGCUCCAGAAGAGCUCUCCGAAUCGAUCGACGAUCUCACAAUUUCUAAGGUAAAAUCAAUAUAUUAAUGAGGAGCCGAAAAGUUUUUGAAAUAGGACAAAAAGAAGAUGCGGUCUGGAAAAGCGCCAGAAGACAUUACUCGCAAACGGAAAGACACGACCAACUCGAUCACUAAUUUCUUCCAUCGUUUUACUCGUGGCGACCGAGAAGAAAAAAAAAUUGUGGAAGAAGAGGAAGAGGAACACGUCGAACGUCCCGAAAAGCUCAUAAGUCCGGAUUCAGAAGAGAAAUGGUACGAAUCGAGGCCGUUAGUUGGACAAGUUUUCGGUCACGAAGGAGAUGCCGACGUGUACGAAUGGGGAGAAAACAUGACGGAAACUCUGGUCCGAGAGCCCUUGCCACUUGACCCGAACAACGGAAUAUUCGAAGAGAAAGGAAUGCUGAAACUUCUGGAAGAGUUUAGAAAUGGCGAGCUGCGAUGGCUCGAUGAGCCGCAAAUUUCCGCGAUGGGAAAAGUGAAAGAAGCUCAUGAAGACAUUUCAAACAUUCAUCUCAAAGUGUACGACAUUGAAUCGGCGCGGAGGAAGAAGAGAACACAGGAGAGGAAGGAGAGAGAAGCGUUCCAAUUCGUGAGGUUUCCUGGGAGUUUCCUGACUAAAAUAAAGUUUUCCAGUCUGAUUCGGAUGAUUCGGAAGAAGAGCGUAAUAUUGAAAAGCUCUUCGAAAAGAUGAAUUCCCGAAUGCUGGACAUGCAUUCCGCCCUUGACACGGUCCCUUUUUACGACGCUUCGCAGAAUUCUCAAAAUCGUGUCGACAAUGACGAGGAGUACUUCUCCUCAUAA